AUGAAUCUAGGCGCCGCCAUCGGCACGGCGUGCAUCGCCUUCGCGGCGACCAACGUCGACGGCAUCUUCGUCCUCGUCACCUUCCUCGCCGAGUCGGCGACCAACACGCACCUGACGCCGGCGACCAUCCUCAUCGGCCAGUACGCCGGGUUCACCGGCAUCAUGGCCGUCAGCCUGGUCGGCUUCGCCGUCUCGCUGGCGCUGGCGCCGCAGCCGAUCGGGUUCCUGGGCUUCCUGCCGCUCCUCCUCGGGCUGUGGAAUCUUCUCGACGUGGUCCUCGGCCGGGACGCCACUGGCUGCGUCGAGGCAGACCAGCCGGAGCUGCCGAUGACGGCGUCCACCUGGUUCAGGAGCAUAGUCAAGGUUGGCGCCAUCACGCUGAUCAACGGCGGGGACAACGUCAGCAGCUACAUACCGCUCUUUGCUCAGGCGAAGCGCGUCGAGAUCGUCGUCUAUGUCGCGGUGUUCUACGUCAUGCUGGGCGUGUGGUUCCUCGUCGGGCUGCUCAUCAUGAAGGAGGAGCACGUGCUGCUCAUGGCGCAAAAGCACACUAGGAGGCUCAUACCGUUCCUCUACAUGGGCCUUGGCGUCUUUGUCAUUGUCAAGUCCCACUGCUAUCCGUGGUCGAUUGAGCGCAUCGACAAGAAGGGUGCGGCGCAUCCGGGCCGUCUCGUCAUGGCCGUGUCGACGACGACGCUCCUCCUGCUGUGCAUGGGGCUCAUGUUUUGCAUCAAGUGGAGAAGGUGGCACGCAGUGGCUACUGAGGAGGAGGAGGAGGUGAUGGCGAGAGAUGGCGGUGCAGAACCGAAUGCUGCCGAGGAAGAAGCUGACUGCGCUUCGCAGCCGCGCGGGGUGCCGAGCAAGCGGACUCUUCACUCUUCUACGGAACCACUGUUGAAGGGUGAGAGAGCCAAGGGCAGUACCAUGAGAUUCAAAUACGUUUAG